UGGCGGGAUUUAGCUAUGGGUUAUACUUCCAGUUUCAUUUCAGAGCUGGUGCAACAUCGUCCAACUCUUCGAAAUCAUUCCUGUGCACUAGAAAUUCCGUUAGACUCAUUUAAAUCAAUGAUUUGUGUUAUUUUGGGUAAUUCUUGGGGUUUAGUCAUGAGGAUCUGAGAGCGAUUGGGUAUCUAACAAGGUUCAUUAAUGAUUAAUUAGGUUAAUUGUUUGUGGUUUGGAAAAUAUUCGGUGAUCAGGACAGAAUAUGAGCAGGUGUUUUGGUUGUUGACGGUUAACUAGUGAAAUCAGAAGUCUGUUCGGUUUCGAGAUCAGUUUUCGGGAAAUAUCUCAGGAAGUAAGCAAGACGUGGAUUCAUAUUAAUCACAAAAAUGGCGUCCCCCUGUAAAAACAGCAGACGUCCCUUCACUGUGUGCAUAGAAGGCAACAUUGGAAGUGGUAAAACAACAUUUCUAAACAAUUUCAAGCAGUUUAAUAACACAAUGGUCCUGCAGGAGCCUGUGGAGCUGUGGAGAAACGUCAAGGGGAUGAACCUCCUGGAUUUAAUGUAUAAAGACCCUACGAAGUACGCCUGCCUCUUCCAGUCGUACGUGCAACUGACAAUGCUGCAGCUUCACACGAUGAAAUCUCCUCUCCCUUAUAAAGUCAUGGAGAGAUCUGUCUACAGUGCUCGUUGUUUCAUCGAAAGCAUGAAGAGAAUGAAUGUCUUGGAGGAUGUUGAGGUAACUGUACUUGAGGAAUGGCACAAGUGGUCUAUCACACAUGCAGUCAUUGAAACAGACUUGAUAGUUUACUUGAGAACAACUCCUGACAUCGUCUACAAAAGAAUGCGAGCUCGUGCUCGAAAGGAAGAGAAACUCGUCUCUCUGGAGUACCUCGAACAAAUUCACCAAAUCCACGAAGAAUGGCUGUACCACAAAACUCUGUUUAAUGUCCCAGCCCCAAUAAUAAUCCUCGAUGCUGACCAGAGCAUGGAGGAGAUGUUCGUGCAGUUCGAAAAGUGCAAGACGAGGAUCUUCGAGAGCUGUGGACAAUCAGAGAGGGAGUCGAGACGGCUCACAUCGCCAGUGAGUUCACCAAAAUUUGGAGCUGCAUCUGAUUAAUUGAAGCACUUUAUUAUGGAUCAAAUCCUGGGUUUCAUUCGAUGAUAAGAUUUUUAAAAAAUAGGGAUAAGAAUGAUUUUUGCACUGCAUUUCGUGAACACAAGAGGGGACCACAAUUCCUUCCUUGAAAACCAUUAAUUUUUGCAUUUAAAUAUUGGAAGCUCAGGUUUAAUCAUUUUUUUCACUCAUUUCAUUCAUUAAUUCACCAAUAUAUCCGGGUUUAAGUGUAAUUUAGAGGCGUGUGACUGUGUAACGAGUUCGUAUCGAUUGCAUUUGAUGAUGAACGAUUGUCGAAUAAUUGUUGAAUUCAUAGUGAAGUG